AUGGCCCGCACGCCUAACCCCCCUGUUCAAGGCCGCCUCAUCAGCCAUUUUGCUGAAAGGUCAGCGGAAGACCAAGGCUCAGGCUGGGCCGCACUCUGGGACUCCAAUGAAAGCGAUCUCUGGGAUAGAGGGAGUCCCUCAAUUGCACUAGUCGAUGUAGUAGAGCAGCAGACCGAUGUCUUCUCCCCCUUUACCCCCGAUAGACGGAGAAAGAGAGCCCUCGUUCCGGGCUGCGGAAAAGGCUACGACCCCGUCAUGCUAGCACUGCAUGGUUUCGACGUCUACGGCCUCGAUAUAUCCGCAACUGGCGUUUCGGAGGCGAGGAAGUAUGCCGCUUCGGAGAUGCAGAGUCCACAGGGGUACAAUUUCUCCUCUGGAACUGCGACAACUGCCGAUAUAGGGAAUGUUAAAUUUGUUGCCGGCGACUUCUUCAGCUCAGAGUGGGAGAGUGAAACUCUGCGUGAUGGUGAGAAGUUUGACUUGGUCUAUGAUUAUACUUUUCUAUGUGCUAUCCACCCCUCUCUCCGUCAGAAAUGGGCCGAGCGUAUGAGCCACCUUCUCCAUCCGGGAGGUCUUCUUGCCUGUCUUGAAUUUCCCAUGUACAAGGACCCUUCCUUGCCAGGACCACCGUGGGGACUGAAGGGCGUUCACUGGGAUCUGCUCGCACGCGGCGGUGAUGGGAUCUGUAAUAUUGCUAAAGAGGAAGAAGACGACGCAGAAGCUGCUAAGUUGAAGGGACAGUUCCGGCGAGCGCAGUACCUGAGGCCUACACGGUCGUAUCGCAGCGGCAAAGGGACGGAUUUGUUGAGUAUUUAUUACUCAGACAAUGGCACUGAACCUGCUCUGAGUUUUAGCGUCGUGCCUGACGAGCACUUCGUUUUUAAUGAUUGUUCUGCCCGCUCGGCCGCAGGGAAGGUUACACAUCGCCCUACAAUUACCUCCAAUUGUGUCAACGAAUAUGCGUCUCUGGUCACAUACCCCGUGAACAAUUCGACUGCUGGUCCGGACCCGGCUGCCGAAUUGGAAGCACCAGAAGUCCGUCAAACUAUGCAAGAUCACAUCCCCGCCUUCCUGAAGGAUCCGCUGAACGGACCGCAGUUGCUCGGAUGGGAGCUUGUUAAUUCCUCGAUUGCCUCUGGUGGCAAGGUGCUUCGCUUCGGGGCUGAUGGCAAGGCGGUUCAGCAGGUGGAUCGUGUUGAGAUUGACGGACCGUGUCGCGGCAUUGGGAAAUACGACCAGUUCCCAUGA